CAUCCCAGCACGUAAGUGUUACUGAAGGCAGUUCAAGCUAGAGGCAGCCACAGAAGCACGCAGCUCGGGCCAAAUCCCUCCCACCACCGGGCCGGACCUCACUGUACAAAAGGAUCAAAUUUAAUAUUAAUGAAGUCGCGUAUUGGCUCACACUCGCGUCAGUCCCGCUGCGCAACUUCUGUAGGCUGGCAGACUUCCUUCAAUAUUAUUUCUGGGGAGAGCGAGGUAAAAGUACUAAAAAAUGUUGCCGCUCCACAACACUGGGACGGACUGAAUGGAGGCAACGUUGUCAGCGAGCGGAGAUCAUAAAUCCGUCUACGGCGUACCGCGACACUCACCGGUAAGGAGAAAUACGAGAGCGGCUUGUUGACUUCUCCAUAAACGUCCAGCCCUCGGCCUCCCCAUGCCUCCAUCUCCCCUUGACGAAAGAAUUGUGGUGGCGCUGCCAAGGCCGAUCCGACCUCAGGAACUCCAACUGCGCCUGGACACCAGCUACCUGGACUCCAUUGCCACCAGCACCGGCAGCAAGACAGUCAUCAGCACCACCGUGGUGAAGAUCCGGGCGACGGCCAAUCUUGUAACGUAUAUGCCCUCAUCCAAGGGCUCCACGCGCUCAUUGUCGUGUGGAUGCAGCAGUGCCAGCUGCUGCUCUGUGACUACCUAUGAGAAGGACAGCCAGAGCCUCAGUCACAGCCAGGUGAGCGCCAGCAGCCCCAACCUCAGCUAUGCCGGGCCCCCGACCCCUAUGGUUAGCAACCAUGAAGCAUUAAGCGCCCCAAGUCUCGCCCCAGGCACACCAAAAGCCCUGUCAGCAGUGAGGGUCAUCCACCCCAAUGAGCUGGCCAAACGGAUGACCUGCUGCCCCAUGGGACACCCUGUGGGGCCCGUGCCGGUCAUCAUCGACUGCCGGCCCUUCAUGGAGUACAACAAGAGCCACAUCCGGGGGGCCGUGCACAUCAACUGUUCCGACAAGAUCAGCCGACGGCGGCUGCAGCAGGGCAAGAUCACCGUGCUGGACCUCAUCUCCUGCCGCGAGGGCAAGGACUCUUAUAAGGGCAUCUUCUCCAAAGAGAUUGUGGUUUACGAUGAGAGCACCACAGACCCCAGCAGGCUGACAUUCUCCCAGCCACUGCAUGUGGUCCUGGAGUCACUUAGGAGGGAGGGCAAGGACCCCAUCAUCCUCAAAGGAGGCCUUAGCAGCUUCAGACAGAGCCACGAGAACCUGUGCGAGCACUCGCUGCACCUUCACGAGGGCUUGGACACCGGUGCGGCUGCCGGCCUGACGGGGGCGCUACCUCAUUCCCUGCCCUCCACCCCGGACAUAGAGAACGCAGAGCUCACACCAAUCCUGCCCUUCCUCUAUCUGGGGAACGAGCACGACGCUCAGGACAUCAGCCUGCUGCAGCGCUUCAACAUCGGCUACAUCCUAAACGUGACCACCCACCUGCCGCUCUACCACUAUGACACGGGCCUCUUCGUCUACAAGCGCCUCCCCGCCACAGACAGCAACAAACAGAACCUGCGGCAGUACUUUGAGGAGGCGUUUGAAUUCAUUGAGGAAGCACAUCAAGCGGGUAUGGGCCUUCUGAUUCACUGCCAGGCAGGCGUUUCUCGUUCAGCCACCAUUGUGAUUGCCUACCUGAUGAAGCACACCUGGAUGACCAUGACGGACGCCUAUAAGUUUGUCAAAGCCAGGAGGCCCAUCAUCUCCCCGAACCUCAACUUCAUGGGUCAGCUGUUGGAGUUUGAGGAGGACCUCAACAAUGGAAUAACGCCACGAAUCCUCACACCAAAGCUGAUUGGUGUGGAGACCGUCGUCUAAGCGGACCCUUCGACUUCGACGCUCACACUUGUGCUCACUCUCGCUGUUUUUCGAGAGAGAUCGGCUGCUCUGUGAGCUGGUUUGGAGCGUGAGAGCGGCUGUAUUCUUCUUGAACCUCCACGUGCUCAUGUUGGACUCUCUGGAGUGCCAAAGCUCUGGGUCAGCGGUGAUGAGAAAUGCCAAAAAUCCCUACUGUUUGGACCUGGCCAAAGUCCCAGAGGAGAGGACGAGUUAGCGUGGUAUAGAGGGAAGGCGAUCAGUGGGAAGCUUUCCAUUUGUGACCGCAGAGGAGCAAACAUGAGAGAAAAUAAAAUUUGGUAUUUGGUAAAGAUACUCAGCGUGCUUAGGAGCAGUUACUGAAAAGAGGGACACUUAAAGCUCACACUGUGGUACACAGUUUAUGUCUGCAGACUCAGGCGGGGUUGGCCACGGCAGUGCCUGUCAAAAAAAAAAAAAAAACAACAAAAAAAAAACCAUGAAGACUUGUUUGGUGUGUUAAUGUUGUUGUUCUAUUUUUAUACAGGGGUUUAUGGGGGUGACCAUGACAAGCCCACAGCGGCUUACUGUGCAAUAAUUUCAGAGUGGAAUGCAACUGAGACCUUGAUCUUAUGUGUAUAUAUUGGUUAUGAUUACAAAACAUUUCCAGCUCUUUGCUGAGAUGCCAUUUUGAUGUUAAUGUAUCUACUGUCGUUCAGUUCUAUAUGUUUAUGGUGCGUACAGUUAUGCUGUAAUAUUUGGCGCGAACGUGUACAAGAGGUAGAAAAAAAUGGGGUUUUAUUUUUUUGAGUGCAGCUUGUGGGUUUAUGUCGGUCAUCUGUGCAUUUCCCAAAUAUGCAGAAACACGAAUUCACAUUUUGUGUGUUUGCUUCUUCAUUUUGCCAUUCCUGCAUCCACAUAUGCAUAUAUUUUAGCAAUAUAUAUAUAUAUAUAUAUAUACAGUAUAUAUAUAUAUAUAUAUAUAUAUAUAUUACCAGACAGCCAUAAGAGCUUUUUUCAAUGCAUGGCUGCUGGCAGAGGAAAGAACAUUUUGAAACAGUGAGUGAAUGCUGUAAAACAGGGCUACUCGUGAUGAUUAAUGUAACCGAACUGAGGAUUUUCACCACUUGCUUCUUUUACGUCCUCUGUUCAUUUUUACUCCCAGCUCUGUUGUAAUGCUCUCUACUGUGUACACACAUAGCUACAUAUGUCUGUUUGUCAAUGCCCUAAAUUCAGAGUUCCUUUAUUGCAAGGUAGCAGAGUUAAAGUACAGACUUGAAACAAACAUUCACUUCCUCUCCAUGAUCGCGGUGUAGUGAGACGGCGGUGGUGCAGUAGAACAGUGUGACCCUUCGUCCAGCCUUUUCCAACCUGCAUGUCGCUGACACUAAGCUACAGUUAAGUGAGCUCCUCUGCCUUGCAUAGGCAAGCGCUGCUGUCACGUGCUGUUCGAGUGCCUCUAUCGAUGCCUUAAUUCAUGUGUCAGCGCUGGGCCUGCGCAUGGUUCACCAUCACGUGCAGACGAAUGCAGAACGAGGUCGAAUUGGAUCUCCCGGACAAAAGCUCCACCUUUGUCUCUGUGUAACACGUGGAUUUCCGCCCCUCCUGAUUCAUAUGCAGAAUUUCAUAAGAUGUUAGAAAAGCCUCGAGGUAAAUAAAACACUCCUUACAUAAUUCUGAUCUCAUGGUGACAUUUGAAGGAGACUCUGAACACCACAGUGAAUUGUAAAUCAACUCCUCACUAAAUAGUGGUGUAAAGUAUAUGCACAAAGUUUAGCCUCAUCCUGUUGCAUUCGAAUAUACUCACAACAGUUUCAUGUGGGUAGAGAAAGGCUAAAUAAAAAUUUAUUCAAGUUGCUACUGUUACUUCUUCAUGCCUUCAUUCUGAUCAAACUGAAUCCAAAUUUUCCUUUUCAGCCGCAUUGGUUUUUCCACAUUUGACUCUCUCAGUUGUUUACAGUUUUAGUGGAAGUGAUAAAAACAGACACCUCUUAGUACGCAGGUGGGAUGAAUGUGUUUUAAGGUGCAGUUCACCACCUGCACACAGUACAAAGACCUUGUCUUGUUGAGAUGAUUUUGUGCAUGAUUAUAUGAAAAGUCAGCAUUAAGACUAAAUUUCAGAUGUCAGUGUUGUUGUCUGAGAGCUAAAAUGUGAAUAAGCCUUUUUUUUAGCCUGAAUCACAUCACAAAUCAGAUCACUUUGCCAUCUUUCAUCUAACUGGCGUUGAUUUGAUGAACUCACAGGCUUUCAAAGUUUCUAACACAUGAAGGAGCGUCUUUUAACUGAAGUUUAAAUGUGAAAUUCAGAGCAAAAAAUCCAGUAUUUUGUAGGCCUUGCCAGGCUGAAUGGAAGCAGCUUGCUCACAAAUGAUAGUUUCUGUUCUGUUUCUCUUCGCACGUUCUUCUGUUUUGUGUUCGGCUCUCCAUUGUUUGCAUGAAAAUAAAGGCGUAAAAUGAAGCACAGGGCUAACAAUAUCAUUGUCAAAGCAACCGGUGUUUAUUUUGCAAUACGACCUCUGUGAACCAUUUUAUCUUCAAAGUACAUCUGAAGCCAGAAGUCUGGAGAAUGAUCACGUGUGUCUCAGUCAGCAGGAUGAAGGAGUAUGUGAGUUUUCAUAGCAUGGUGAACACAAACACACAGUGCACUCUUUAAGGCUUUACAACACCAACUUUCACAAGAAUAAGCUUCGGAAAAAAAAAGUCCCUCAUGUGAAAAUUCAUGCUAUGCAAAUGAAAUUGUAACAGGUUGCGUCUUUACCCGACUGUCAAGACAAAUGUUUUGUGAGGUGGUUUUUUUUUUUUUUUAGGUGAAGCAUUUUGAGCGUGAUUAACAGUUUGCAGCCUCAGAUCGAAGUUUGAGAUGACGUUUGUGUGGCGACGUGUCUUCACUUGUAUUUUUGUUGUCAUUGGUGUCUACUGGUGCUCCACAAUAUAUUUGAAUAUGACAUAAAAAAAAAGGUAUAUAAUAACAAUUUAUCACACGUUUGUAGCUUGUGCAUUUAUAUUCAGUAAUUUACAAAAGAAAAAAAAAGAUCGGAGCGAGUGCUUACCAUCUGAGCCAGUCUUAUAUAAGAAUAAUGUACCUUUUCGUCCCAUCUGCUGGUUCCUACAACUGCAGCGGCACAUGGCUUUUUGUAUGUAAUGAUCUAUUUGACUGAACAAUGUAACCGUCAUACUGUACAUUACUCUCCGGUUGGAAAACGAAGCAUGCUGUGUGCUCCUGGUCUGCGAGGGGACGCUGUCCACUCAUUAUGGUGCUGUCUGUCUUUCCCACACUGGUCUUUCUGUAGAGGUCACAGCCUGAUUGACAGCUCCAAGAGGCAUCUGGGUAUCGGCUCCCUUUUAUUUGGAAACACGGUUCUGUAUUAGAACCAUAUCAAGCUGUCACGUUUGAUGUGCACUCUUUACGACUAGACUUUUUUAAGAGUCUCGGACUCAGAGGCUCUGGUGAAAAUGGGCUUCGCUUUACAAGUCUCUGUAUCUCUCUUUGUGUCUGUAGUCAACAGUCGAGUAUAUACAGUAUAUAAAUAUAUAUCUAUUUUCUUUGUAUGCAUAUAAUCAUUACUAUUUUUGCACUGACCUACGGACAGAUGGAUUUAUUUUUUUUUUCCACAAAGGGUGCUAUUAUAAACGGAGGCCUUCUCCCACACCUUUUUUGCAUGACUUGCUCAAAAUUCCUCAACUCGUCUGUCAUCUCUCCUACUCUUCUCUUACUACUCCUUGAACUGUUGCAAUUGAAGCACUGUAAUUUUGUAAUCCCUACUUGUGAGCUUUGAAAUAAACUGGGAGGCUUCAAGUUUG